CUGCGUCGGGAGAGGGGAGUCGGCGGAACGUGUGGCUGAGAGCGUGAGUUAGCCCGGGCGCCGGCGGUGCGGUGCGGUUGCACGGUGGGGAGGCCACAGCCAUUCAGCUCGCCGCGUCCCCUCUACUGCGGUAAAAUGACGAGAUAGCAGACUGCAAAGCAGAAUGUGCAAACGCGCUGAGCAUCAUGGCACUCUCUGAUGUCAGAUGGGACCAGCAAGUACCUUUGCCAAAGCUGUCUUCGUGUCAGUCGAGGAUUGUCGUCGGAUUGGCAGCUGUCCUGUGUUUCGCCAAUAGUUACGAUGGAGAGUUUGUCUUUGAUGAUUCUGAAGCUAUUAUCAACAACAAGGACUUAAAGCCAGAAACCCCUUUGAACAACAUCUGGAGAAAUGACUUCUGGGGAAGUAACCUAAGCAGUAACACUAGCCACAAGUCCUACCGGCCACUCACAGUUUUGACAUUCAGAUUGAACUACUUUUUGGCUGAUGGACUGCACCCCGUGGGCUUCCAUGUACUUAACAUUGCCCUUCACAGCAUUGUAUCUGUAUUAAUGAUUGAUGUGUUUACAAUAUUGAUCGGAGGCUCUGUCAGCCAAGUCUCAAAAGCUGCUUUCCUUGCCGCGCUCUUCUUUGCCGUCCACCCAGUUCACACAGAGAGUGUGGCAGGGAUUGUGGGUAGGGCAGACCUCCUAUGUGCCCUGUUCUUCCAGCUGUCUUUUUUGACAUACUGCAAAGCUUUUCGAAAGGGCAAACAUAAAGAAGACACAUUUUCUGUGAUAUGGAUUGUUGCAAGCCUCGUUCUGUGUGCUGUAGCCAUGCUCUGCAAGGAACAAGGGAUCACAGUUCUGGGGGUAAAUGCUGCCUUCGAUGUUAUCAUUAUUUGUAACAUAAAGAUCUAUGAACUGAGCCAGAGGAUACUGUUCAAAGGAAAAUUAAUAGAGGCCAAUGAACUGUUCAGACGGGGACUUCCCACACGAGCAGUUCUUCUCACCUGUGGUGGAACCCUUCUAUUGUAUAUGCGAUGGAAGAUCAUGGGAACUGGCCCACCUGCCUUCACAGAAGUGGACAAUCCAGCAUCUUUUGCAGAAAACACAUUUAUUAGAGCUGUAAACUAUAACUACUACUACUCCCUGAACGCCUGGCUGCUACUGUGUCCCUGGUGGCUGUGUUUCGACUGGUCCAUGGGCUGUGUCCCCCUAAUCGAGUCGCUUCUUGACUGGAGAAUUAUAUGGGUGCUGCUGCUGUGGAUCUGCUUGGCGCUCCUGAUGGGCCAAGCUCUGUGUUCGCAGGACUCUAACAAGAGGAGGAAUUUGACUUUUGGACUGGUGCUGCUGGUGGUCCCCUUCCUCCCUGCCAGCAACCUCUUUUUCCGAGUGGGCUUUGUGAUUGCAGAGAGGGUCCUGUACUUGUCUACUGCAGGCUACUGCCUAAUCCUCACCUAUGCCUUGAGCCGUUUUUGCUUCCUGUGGAGGAACUACAAGAUGCUGCUGCGCGCAGCCCUGUUGGGACUGAUCUGUGUGAAUAUGGCUCGCUGUGCUUUCCGCAGCCAGCAAUGGAGAUCAGAGCAGAACCUCUUCACAAGCGCCCUCUCCAUCUGUCCACUCAACGCCAAGGUUCAUUACAAUGUUGGGAAAAACCUAGCAGAUAGAGGCAAUCAGAGUGCUGCUGUCAGAUACUACAGGGAAGCUGUGAGGCUACAUCCAAAGUACGUCCAUGCUAUGAACAACCUGGGAAACAUAUUAAAAGAAAAGAAUGAGCUGCUGGAAGCUGAGCAACUGCUUUCUAAAGCAGUUCACAUCCAGCCUGACUUCGCUGCUGCAUGGAUGAAUCUGGGAAUAGUGCAAAACAGUUUGAAAAAAUUUGAAGAUGCUGAGCAAAGCUACUGGAAUGCGAUCAGAUUCAGGAAAAAGUAUCCUGAUUGCUACUACAAUCUUGGACGACUUUACGCAGACCUGGACCGACACCUUGAUGCCUUGAAUGCGUGGAGGAACGCCACAAUGCUAAAGCCAGACCACAGUCUGGCCUGGAACAAUAUGGUCAUCCUGCUAGAUAAUACAGGCAACCUGGCUCAAGCUGAGAUGAUUGCCAAAGAGGCCUUGAAAGUACUUCCUAAUGACCACACCAUUAUGUUUUCUUUAGCUAAUGUGCUUGGCAAACAGCAAAAGUACAAGGAAUCUGAAGGUUUCUUCCUGAACGCACUGAAAAUCAACCCCAAUGCUGCCAGCUGCCACGGUAAUCUUGCGGUUCUUUACCAUCGCUGGGGAAAGCUGGAGCUGGCUAAGAAACAUUAUGAGCUCUCCUUACAGCUAGACCCCAAUGCACCAGGGACCAAGGACAACUUCAACAUGCUGAAACGCAAACUGGAGCAGGCACACAAAAACAACUGAAAGUUUUGGAGCAGACAUUAUAAUUUAACAUUUCUGUUGGAAUUCACAGCUGAAGAAAUAAAAAGUUAAAAUAGAGCUUGGCCCUGCUUCAUGUUACCGUAGUGUGCAAUCAUCCUAUGCAGAUCAAACCAUUUCCAGUACUGGAGCCCACCAGAAGCUUUGUAACUUGAAAGUUGAUAAAUUUAGAAUUUACUACUACAGACUUAUAGUUUUGUGUUUGCAAUAGUGCAACAAAUUGUGCCAAAACUCUGUAUACAAUUGUACUUUUCCUAGGGAUUGCAUGAAAUGGUGCCCAAAAACAGUAAUUAAUAAUUUAUGAACUGUAGUUUUAAGCAAUAAGAAGCAGAGAGGGCAGUUGCUAAGCCUGGGUUUCAGUAGGUAUACUUGCAAUGCAGCAAGUGUGAGAUGACUUCUUCACAGUACUUUUGUAAACAAUCGUAUUACCUCAGGAGAAAAGCUGGCUUUUGCAUUUCAUUUACCUGUAGGUGGGUCAGUGGUAUCCCAUUAAUGUAUAGUAAAAUACUCUGUCUCCUACAUUUCUUAAUUUAUUAACAAAGAUGAAAUAUUCAGUC